CCCCGCUGGCCGGCUGGGUGGAGCCGUCGCGAGAGCCGCUACUUCCACACUCCAGGACUGCAGCUCCGGGGAACGGCUCUCCUUUGCCCGUACCUGCCGUCCAUAGACACGCUCCUUCUGUGUGGUGCAGCAUUUGACAAGUCACCCCCGCCCCACGCACCACUUCCACUCACGUCUGCCUUGACUUCCUUCUGAACUUCCUUCAUCUGGGACCCUCCCCUCUGUGUCCGGAAGAGGUCCCGCUUUCCUAGUUCCCGUGAAGUGUCGGGUGUCUUGCAGAAAGAUUACCUUUAAGACUGAGCAGCCAUUUGAUAUCCAAAAAAAGUUCAUGCUCACUAGAGAGUUUGUGGGCAAGGUGAAGGCCAGUGCACACAGGAAACGAUGGCUGAGCAUGGGGCUCACCUCACAACCGCUUCUGUGUUGGAUGACCAGCCAUCCAUCUUUGAGGUGGUAGCGCAGGAAGGUUUAAUGACAGCAGUGAGACCUGCUCUUCAGCAUGUGGUCAAGGUUCUUGCAGAAUCAAAUCCUGCCCACUAUGGCUUCUUUUGGAGAUGGUUUGAUGAAAUCUUUACCCUCCUGGAUCUUCUGCUACAGCAGCAUUACCUGUCUAAAACCAGUGCCUCGUUUUCUGAAAACUUUUAUGGCUUGAAGCGGAUUGUAAUGGGGGACACACACAGGCCUCAGAGACUGGCCAGUGCCGGUCUCCCGAAGAAGCAGUUUUGGAAGUCAAUUAUAUUUCUGGUUCUUCUUCCCUACCUGAAAGUGAAGCUGGAGAAGCUGGUUUCUAGUCUGAGAGAAGAGGAUGAAUACUCAAUCCAUCCCCCUUCUUCCCGCUGGAAAAAGUUUUAUAGAGCCUUCUUGGCAGCCUAUCCAUUUGUUAACAUGGCCUGGGAAGGCUGGUUUCUUGUACAACAACUUCGAUAUAUCUUAGGAAAGGCCAAGCACCACUCACCACUGCUGAGUCUGGCUGGAGUUCAGCUAAGUCGACUUACAGUUCAAGAUAUACAAGCUCUGGCCCACAAAUCAACUGAACCCAGCAUGACACAGCAACCAGCCAAGAGUGUUAGUGAGAAGAUAAAGUCAGCUCUGAAGAAAGCCUUGGGGGGUGUUGCCUUAUCCCUCUCUACUGGCCUUUCUGUGGGAGUGUUCUUCUUGCAGUUCCUUGAGUGGUGGUACUCAUCUGAAAAUCAAGAAACCAUCAAAUCAUUGACUGCCCUGCCUAUUCCACCACCACCUGUACACCUAGACUACAAUUCUGAUUCUCCCCUGUUACCCAAACUGAAGACUGUGUGCCCGCUGUGUCGCAAAACCCGGGUGAAUGAUACUGUUCUUGCUACCUCUGGCUAUGUGUUUUGUUACCGUUGUGUGUUUAAUUAUGUGAGGAGUCACCAAGCUUGUCCCAUCACAGGUUAUCCAACAGAAGUACAACAUCUAAUUAAGCUGUACUCCCCUGAAAACUGAAGGAUUAGCAUUGUAUCUCACAACAAAAUUAUUGCAGUAUGAGGCCACAGGGCUGGUUUUCAGCAUGAUACAUAGCAUCAUUUCAGAACUUCUCAGCCUUGAUUUGUAAUUAUAUGACCUUGAAACAGCCAUAUGUAUUUCUUUAUAAGGAAAUACCUAAUGAUCCUCACCUUUUGGCCUGCUCCUUAGACCCCAGGAUUACUGGGGACAUAAGGAUUAGUGUAGAGAAAGUGGAUAAGGAGGAUAAUCAGUAUAGAAAUAUUACCUAUUCCUUUCCUUAAAAGAACAAGAGGUUUAGAAGCUCUCAGGAAAAAAAAAAAACCGCAAGUUAGACCUCACAAGUAGAAGGUAAAGGGGAAUUAGGCCUUUUCUUUAGAAAGUAGCUGCCUAUGAGGUAAAGAUUUUUCUCAGUAUGCAAAUAAUGUGAAACAUGGAUCUACUGUUUAAUGUUCAGCAACACCUCAGAAAAACAGCUCCUCCCAUAUACCAUGACCCAUUUUGUUAGCUAACAUUUGCUGUAAGUGAUCAACUUUAAAGAUUCUUCUAUGAACUAUGCAUAGCUUUCUUGGGAAACUGGCUGAAGAAAAAUAGAGGUUGAGUGUUUAUAGAGUAGUAUGAAGAUUUCAGUGUGAAAGCAAAGCUAGUAAGCAAUGAAGAGAUGAAGUAAAAUAUCUAUCUAACUAUGAAUGUGCAAAGAAUCUUUUAAUAAGCUCAAUCUGCUUGCUUUUGAAGUUUGCUAGACUGGCAUGAGUUAUUCCGACUACUACUAAAGUUUCUAUGAAACGCUUAAGUAAAUUUUAAGAAUAAAUGUUUUUGGCAAUGAACUGUUCCAUGUGGUAAUGUU